AUGUGCGGUAUACUAGGCAUUUUACUGGGUGAAAACACGCCAUCUGGUGAUAUUGGAGCGUGGGCUGUUGAUGGACUAACUAAGUUACAGCAUAGGUAUGUUGUUCUUAUAUUAUUGAUAUUACAAAGUGUUAAAAAAGAUAUCAAAACAAUAAAAAAAGUUUUGGAAAUGUUGUGAAAGGAGCACAAAAUUAGUUCUAGCAAAAUUAUAUUGUAGGGUAGGGUAUGGUAGAACAAAAAAAUUUAAAAAUUUUUAAAUAUUUUGUUACAGAGGAGUUGUAUUGUAAAAUAAUUUGUUAUACAAGUGUUGCACUAUAAGAUUGUUUUCAGAGGCACAGAGAGUUCAGGACUAGUUGGUACCGAUGGUAAAGAACAAAACCAUUUUGAAAUUGUAAAAGGGCAUGGAUUGGUUAGAGAUGUGUAUAACUCUGAAAACUUGGCCAAAUUUAAUGGUAUGUUCAAUUGAAAACCGCGUUUUAAGAAAUUUUUAAGUUAGCGUAAGGCUAAGUUAGAGCUAAGGUAGAAUACAGUUAGAUAAGAUAUAAGUUUUUAUAUAAGAUAAAUAUAACUUUAUAUACUUCAGAUUGCGUAGCAAUAAUUGGCCAUAACCGCUACUCUACAGCUGGUAUGAAAGCGGCCAUAAAUUGCGUCCAACCCUUCCUUCUUCACACCACAGUAGGCUUAAUAGCCAUCGCUCACAAUGGAGAACUGGUUAACGCACAAAAAAGACGAGCAGUCGUUCUCCGCGAAGGUAUUGGCUUAUCGACCGACACGGACAGUGAACUGAUUGGCCAAAUGAUCUCAAAGACAAUAGCACAAAACAUGAAAUGCCGAUCCGGCCGGGCCAAGGGCGACAUCUCACGAGAACUGUCGGCCACAAUGUCUGCUAUGGAUUUGUCAUACUCGUUGUUGGUUAUGACAUACGAUAGGAUUUAUGCACUCAGAGAUCCGUAUGGUAAUCGGCCGUUGUGUAUUGGAACGUUGAAGGCUGGGGACUCGGAUAUUGGCUAUAUUGCGGCUUCGGAAUCUUGUGCUUUUCCACAAUGGGCUGAAUUUCAUUGUGAAGUUGAGCCUGGAGAGAUGGUAGAGAUUAGUGCUACUGGAGUGAAGUCUGUUUGGCAGGUAGGGUGUUAUAGUACAAGCUUAUAGUUCACGAUCUAGCCCUAGCUCCCACUCUAACUCUAAUUUUAGCUCUAGCUCUAGCUCUAGUUCUAGCUCUAGCCCUAGCUUUCUAUAAAAUAAUUUACAUUGUUGUAGAUGGUACCCCGAACAAGCUCAUUCUGUAUUUUUGAGUACGUGUACUUCUCCAGAGCCGACUCAUAUUUAGAAGGUCAACAAGUAUAUGCCGUGCGGAAAGAAUGCGGUAAAAUUUUGGCUCAAGAAUCCUAUGUAGACGCUGAUCUUGUAAGCACAGUGCCGGAUUCGGCUACUGCUGCCAGCAUUGGAUUUGCUGAUGAGGUAAGGGUUUUUAUAAUUUAAAAAAUUAAAAAUGGCAAGAACUUUCUUUACAAAACAAAAAAUGGCAAGGACUUUCUUUACAAAACAAAAAAUGACAAGAACUUUCUUUACAACACAAAAAAUGGUAAGAACUUUCUUUACAACACAAAAAAUGGUAAGAACUUUUUUUACAACAUAAAAAAUCUUUCCAAAAUACAAAAUGCAAAUUUAGAGUGGAAUCCGUUACGAACAAAUCCUUCAACGUAACACCUAUGUUGGUCGAUCCUUCAUCCAACCCACCUCCAAACUGCGACAAUCGGCGGUCGAAAAGAAGUUCGGCGUGAAUCGAGAAGCCAUAAAAGGCAAAAGAGUCAUCCUCAUCGACGACUCCAUCGUUCGCGGCAACACCAUGGCCACGAUCGUCCGCCUACUCAAAGAAUACGGCGCUACUGAAGUCCACCUUCGUAUAGCAUCGCCGCCACUCCGACACGCUUGUUAUAUGGGUAUCAACAUACCAUCGACUAAGGAAUUGAUUGCUUCGAAUCGAACGGUCGAUCAAAUUUGUGACCUUUUGGGGGCAGAUUCAGUCAAAUAUUUGAGUGUGGAAGGGUUGAAACAGGCAGUACAAUCUGGAUUGAGAUCAAGGAAUGCCAAAAGCAUUGGGCAUUGCACGGCGUGUCUAACUGGAGAUUAUCCUAUUCCUAUCGAGUUUUGA